AUGUGGUCUAAAAGACCGUUUCACAGGCCCAAACGGCCCUCGAUCAGCGGCCCCAUAAUGAACGGCAAUCCACCCACCACGUCAGACCCUGUGCAUGAUUUCUCAAAACAGUUGCCCGCUCUCCCUGACGAUUUGCAUUCGUCUUUACAACCGGAUCGUGAUGAUAUCAAUAAAAGACACUCAGACAUCUCGCCUGCUGUUUCGCCAAUUCUUGAAGCUCAAAGACGGGGAAGCCAAGGUAGUUUCUGUGUCUCGCCUAUCAGAGACGGAGAGCAAUUCCCUCGUUAUGCGCGACAGGAGACUCGAUCCUCCUCAUCGCCAACUCCUAUUCCCAAGGUAGACUAUGUUGACAAUACUUCUCGUUCCCGGGCUCAGCCCGUCCAACCAGUUCAACCAGUUCAACCUCCUCAGAACGAUCAGGGCUCUAGGCGAUUUAUCUCUGGCAAACCAACGCGCUGGGAUGACUUUUCGGGUGAACCAACCUCGACUGAUGCUGGUAGAGCUAGCCAAGUGUACCCCCGCAGUACCUCCUUCCAGAAACCCUCCGGACCUCAUACGUCCAACCUGCUAAACUGGGGACAGGGUUUCAACCCCAAGAAGACCCUCAAUGCAGCUCGAAAUCGGAUCAGCAGCUUCUCGAAGACCGAGGAUCUUUCGCAAAAGGAACCCAGAAGUAGAUCAUCGUCGCGCGUAUUUCCAGUGGAAGAGCGUUCCAAUAAGCGCAGCGGCAAUGGCGCGGUAAACGCGAGAUCACAGACCGAUAACUUUGGCUUCGCUCCAACAACGGUAACCACUAUCACGGCCGGUGGUCCGGUGUCAUUUCCUCGGAGACUGGUAUCAGAGCACGCUCCAAGCCGACUGCCAGAGGAGGAAACGUCAACAUUCAAGUUUGACAAUGAUUUCAGCAAUAUGAUGCUUACGAGCGAUGAGCCUAGGAGUCGGUUCAGCGCAACUACAUACACAGCCACUGACCCCGGCAGUCAGGAUGGGAGCCCACGAGGUAGUAUGCAGCUCCAAACCCGGUCUACAGACGACGUAUCCACAUCCUCUAUCAUGUCCCGACGCCGCCCGGUCCCAAUCAGCGACCCGAUCUCGAAGAAGCCCGUCUCGGCCAAGCCUGUCCGAAAGCCCACUCCAUCCCAGGUCGCACAGCAGGUCGCCCAGAUGCCAGUGCAGUCCCCUUCGCCUCCACCUCAGCCUGAGGUGCCUCUAGAUGCGCAGGGCCGCAUUAGAGCAAUGGAGACCAAGCGGGAUGAGCUUGAUCAGCGCAGAAUCAAUUUAGAGACGUUGAUUUCUGAAUUAAGCAAGAUCAUUGAGCCUACUUCGGUUGCGUAUGAUCUGGCUGCUAAAGCUGAGGUCCAGAAGAGCAUUAAGGCCAUAGAAAUCGAGAUCGCGGAUGUUAAGAAAGAAUGGCACGAUCUUGGUCUGAAGAUCACUCGAGCGUGGAUUCGGCUGGACCAGAAGGAAAAUGCUGGCGAUGGCAAUAAUCUCUGGGUCAAGCGAGUCACGAGUUAG